GUUCAUAAAACUCAUUAUUCAAUUGAAAAUGAAACCAACAAUAGUACAGAUAUUUCUAAUUCUGAUCAUAUUGAAAGUGAAACUGAUAAUAGUAUGGAUACUUAUAAUUCUGAUAGUUUAGAAGUUAUAAAUGAAGUUAGUACAAAUACUUCUAAUUCUGAUUAUGUUGAAAGUGAAUCUGAUAAUAGUACAGAUAUUUUUAAUUCUGAUGGUUUAGAUGUUAUAAGCAAAGAUAGCACAGAUACUUCUAAUUCUGAUCAUGUUGAAAGUGAACCUGAUAAUAGUACAAAUAUUUUUAAUUCUGAUGGUUUAGAUGUUAUAAGCGAACAAAAUAAUAACCUGACAUUUGACGAUCAAGAAAGUGCUAAUGAAUAUAACUUGACAUUUGAUACCCAAAGUAUUGUUGAUAAAUUAAAUCCUAUAUUUGAUAGCCAAAAAAUUUCUAAUACUUAUAAGACUGGGGAAUUUUUUGGGGAAAAUAUGUUGGAAAAUAAUAUAAUCAUUGAUGAAAUUAACAAAUUUCAAAGCAAUGAUAGUGAAUAUAAUAGUGAUAAUGAGAUAGAUAAUAUAGAUUUUUCAAGCACUGUAUAUCGAGAUUUUAUAGACAUCAUACAUCAUACAAUAGAAACAAUUAAGGAAUAUGAGAAUCUAAAUAGUUUAAAUGCCAAGACAUAUGAGGCACUCCACAAGCAGUAUAUUAAAACUCCUUACAGGAUAUCUAACAAAUGUGAUAUUAAUAAGCAGAUUAUGCAAAAGAACAUCAUUUCAGAAAAUUACCAAUUAAAGAUUAAAAAAAAAACAAGACAAUUUGGAAAAAAAUAUUGUACCAUACCUCUGCAUCUUCUAAGGUCUCUUGUUGAAUUAUAUGAGCAAAAAGAAGAAUCUAUUACUAAAAUUCUUGAAGGUUUACGCUAUCUUGCUCCUGCAAUAAAUAAUUAUUUUAAACUUAUACCUUCUAUUCUUAAAAAAAAUGUAGAGAAAUCAGAAGCAACUUUAAUAUUAUAUGAAUCUUUUGCAUUAUCUAAUAAAGAGCAAAUAAGAGCUACGAAAAAUCAUUACAAUGUGCCAAUGUUUAGUGAUGUUGCUGUUCUUAUGGAUUCAGAGCAAGAAUUUGAAGUAUAUGAUGGAUAUUGUUUUGCAAAGGUUUUAUUAUUGAUUCGUAUUGUGUUUAAAAAUGCUUCAAUGUUUAAUCUAGCACUUGUUCAUUGGUAUAACUUUAAACACCCAAACAUCCUUCAAAAUUUUAUAAAUUUGG